AUGGCCUUCUUCAACUUGUAUCUACUUGGAUAUCAAAAUUCCUUUCAGCACAAGAAAAGGGACACAACUGAAGAAACAAACCACAAGGAACUGGUGCCCACAAAGCUUCCCCCGAUUAUUUCAAAAGAUGGGAAUUAUUCUGUGCACCAGAAUAGCCACACAAAGUACCAUGAAGCUGUGCGGAAGGUGCUGCUAAAGACAUUCCCCAAUCAAGUCUUUAGAGUCCCCUUGACUGAUGCUCAGAACUUCAGCUUCUGGAGGUCCCACGAACCAGGAGUGCGCCCGGAAGAAACCAUGCCGUGGAUCCGGAGCCCUCGUCACUGCCUCAUUAACAGCCCAAUGACCAGGUUUAUGGAUCACUCUCUCCUCAAUGACAGACUAUUCAGUCUGUAUUGA